UGAUCUACACCCCUCCCCCCUGCACUCUUUCUGGACCAGAUGCUCCAGUCCAAAUUUAACAAGUGAGGAUCCACCGCCCUGCCUUUUCUGUGCACAUAUCUUGACUCUGUGUGUCUUACAAGGGCAGGUGACUUUAAGUGGAGCCUCUGCUUGAGAAAUGACUCUGCCAAUUACAUUUGGGCCCUCAGUCUGCGGAGCCCAUGUUACCAAAUCUGAAGGCUGUCAUGAAAUCUGAUGAAGCCCGGAGAGUAAAGAUGUGAGCAGCUGAGUUAGGGAAUUGGCACAACACAGACAGGAACCCUUUGAUGGCCUGGGAAGAAGGGAGAGAGGGAGGAGACAGACAGAAGCCCGGAUUUGCCCUAACCCUCUAAGACCUUGGUCUGCAGCCCCACCUCUCAGAAGAUCAGAAAGGGCCCAGAACUUGGCUUCAGAAGGCAAGGACUAUAAUCCAGUACAGUGGGCUGGGUGUGGAGUGUUGCUUAGGAAAGAGAUCCUGAUUUCAGAGGUGGGACAGAGUCACAAACACUGUCCUAACACUUAAAAUUCUUCACUUCUGGUUGAACAGAUAAGGGCCUGGGGGUUGUGGCCACAGGAUGUAAGGUCCUAGGAACCUAUUGAACUUUUAAAGCUGUCAGUAAGGUCUGUUUAGGCCACUUUGCUGCUCAGAGGGGCUUAUCACAGCCCCUCCUAUCGCGAUCUCCUUACCUGAUCAAAGCACUAGGGCCUAGGGAAUGCUGAGAAAAAUAAGGCCACUUUCACCUGGAAAUUCCGCGUAGGAGAAAAGUUGACCCUAAACCGAACCUGGUCAGGAGUUCCGAGGCAGAUCCCACGGAUGGAGUCUAAAGCAUUCAGGCAGAAAUGCUCCUCCCCGCAUCUGCUACAGCCCCAGCAGCCCCGUGCAGAUUCUAGAAGAGCCCGCCUACUUCUACCCAGACUUGCAGCUCUAUUCGGGGAGGCAUGAGGCGUCUACUCUGACAGUGGAGGCAAGCGGAGGCCUGAGGGGGAAAAACGCGGAGGACCCUCUCUCCAACUUCCACUCCCCGAACUUCCUGAGGCCCCCCGAGGUGGAGAUGAGAGGUUCUGAGGAUGUGGCCGCUGGAACAGUGUUACAGCGGCUGAUCCAGGAGCAGCUGCGCUAUGGCACCCCGACUGAGAACAUGAACCUGCUGGCCAUUCAGCACCAGGCCACGGGGAGUGCAGGGCCAGCCCACGCCACCAACAACUUUUCUUCCACGGAAACCCUCCCUCAAGAAGACCCACAAAUGGUCUUCCAGUCAGCCCGCCAGGAGCCGCAGGGUCAAGAGCACCAGGGGGACAAUACGGUGAUGGAGAAGCAGGUCCGCUCCACUCAGCCUCAGCAGAACGACGAGGAGUUGCCCACAUAUGAGGAAGCCAAGGCCCAGUCUCAGUUCUUCAGGGGACAGCAGCAGCAGCAGCAGCAACAGCAGCAACAGCAGCAGCAGCAGCAGCAGCAGCAAGCACAGGGGCCCCUUAGCCACACUUACUACAUGGCCGGAGGUACCAGUCAGAAGUCCCGCACAGAGGGGAGGCCCACAGUGAACCGGGCCAACAGCGGACAGGCACACAAGGAUGAGGCCCUGAAAGAACUCAAGCAGGGCCACGUCCGAUCCCUCAGUGAGAGGAUCAUGCAGCUGUCGCUGGAGAGGAACGGAGCUAAGCAGCACCUCCCCAGCUCAGGCAACGGAAAGGCCUUUAAAGCUGGAGGAGGGCCGUCCCCAGCCCAGCCCGCCUGUAAAGCGCUGGACCCUCGUGGUCCUCCACCCGAAUACCCCUUCAAGACAAAGCCAAUGAUGCCCCCAGUCAGCAAGAACCAAGACCACGGAUUGUACUACAGUGACCAGCACCCUGGAGUGCUCCACGAGAUGGUCAAACCCUACCCUGCACCUCAGCCCGCGAGAACAGAAGUGGCCGUCCUGAGGUAUCAGCCACCCCCAGAGUACGGGGUCACCAGCCGGCCAUGCCAGCUUCCCUUUCCAUCCACGGUGCAGCAGCACAGCCCCAUGUCCUCUCAGACUUCCUCCGUCAGCGGACCGUUGCACUCCGUCUCCCUGCCUCUUCCUCUUCCCAUGAGCCUGGCUGCUGCUCCACAGCCUCCCCCUGCCUCCCCCAGCCAGCCGCUUGGACCAGAUGCCUUUGCAAUCGUGGAGCGAGCCCAGCAGAUGGUGGAGAUCCUCACGGAGGAGAACCGCGUGCUUCAUCAGGAGCUUCAGGGCUGCUAUGACAAUGCCGACAAGCUUCACAAGUUUGAAAAAGAGCUGCAGAGGAUCUCAGAAGCCUAUGAGAGCCUGGUCAAGUCCACCAGCAAGCGUGAGUCUCUCGACAAGGCAAUGAGAAACAAGCUGGAAGGCGAGAUCCGGAGACUUCACGACUUCAACAGAGAUCUCCGAGAUCGACUGGAGACAGCCAACAGGCAGCUGUCCAGCAGGGACUAUGACGGGCAUGAAGACAAAGCCGCAGAGGGCCAGUACAUGUCCCAGAACAAAGAAUUCUUGAAGGAAAAGGAAAAGUUGGAAAUGGAGUUGGCAGCAGUGCGGAAUGCAAGCGAGGACCAUCGGAGGCAUAUUGAGAUCCUGGACCAGGCUUUGAGCAAUGCCCAGGCCAGAGUCAUCAAGCUGGAGGAAGAGCUACGAGAGAAGCAAGCCUAUGUGGAGAAGGUUGAGAAGCUGCAGCAGGCCCUGACCCAGCUGCAGUCUGCAUGUGAGAAGCGGGAGCAGAUGGAACGCAGGCUGCGGACCUGGCUGGAAAGGGAGUUGGAUGCUCUGCGGACCCAGCAGAAACAUGGAAAUGGCCAGCCAGCCAGUCUCCCAGAAUAUAAUGCCCCUGCCCUCAUGGAACUUGUACGGGAGAAGGAGGAGCGGAUUCUAGCCUUGGAAGCCGACAUGACCAAAUGGGAGCAGAAAUACCUGGAAGAAAGCACCAUACGGCACUUUGCCAUGAGUGCUGCUGCCGCUGCCACGGCUGAGAGGGACACCACCAUCAUCAACCACUCGAGGAACGGCAGCUAUGGUGAGAGCUCGCUGGAGGCCCACAUCUGGCCAGAGGACGAGGAGGUGGUGCAGGCCAACAGGAGGUGUCAGGACAUGGAGUACACAAUAAAAAACCUCCAUGCUAAAAUCAUAGAGAAGGAUGCCAUGAUAAAGGUCCUUCAGCAACGAUCCCGUAAGGAUGCUGGGAAGACAGACUCUUCUAGCCUGCGGCCUGCCCGCUCUGUCCCUUCCAUUGCUGCAGCCACUGGGACACAUUCCCGCCAGACUUCCCUCACCAGCAGCCAGCUGGUGGAAGAGAAGAAGGAAGAGAAGACCUGGAAGGGGAGUAUAGGGUUCCUCCUGGGGAAGGAGCAUCAGGGACAGGCAUCUGCCCCUCUGCUGCCUACCACACCCGCCUCUGCACUGUCCCCGCCGGCUUCCACCGCGUCGGCCAGCAGCACCCACGCCAAGACAGGCAGCAAGGACAGUAGCACACAGACCGACAAGAGCACUGAUCUCUUCUGGCCCAGCACGGCUUCUCUCCCCAGCCGUGGCCGGCUGAGCACUGCCCCUUCCAACAGCCCCAUACUGAAGCAUCCAGCUGCCAAAGGAACCAUGGAGAAACUGGAGAGCUCUCCUGGUCACGGGAAGUCGACAGACCACAGAGGCCGUGUUAGCAGCUUGAUGCACAAGCCUGAAUUCCCGGAUGGGGAGAUGAUGGAAGUGCUCAUCUAGCCUCAUCCUGUGGAGUUUCACACCAGCGUGCUGUCAGGAAAGAUGGCUGGAAGACGAGAAGAUCUAGAUGGAAAACCAGGACAGGUGUGAACACUUCAUAAUAUUACAGCCGGCUCGCAGGACUGCAGAGAGGGGGAAGGAAGAUGUAUGCAGACUUGGAAGCAGAGAUGAGAAGAAAUAGGAGUGGGAUUUUUCAUUGUAGAAAAGUUGUAUGUCUUGGGGAGGCUCCAUACGUUCCCCCAUUCUUGGCUUAUAAACAGAUGAAGAAGA